AUAUAUGAAGAUUCUACAGUUCUCUCCCUCUUUUAUAUAAAGGUUUGGAUACCAAUAAAAAAAAGGAAUUAUAAAAAUUGCUCUAAAUUGUUGUCUGCCUCUCAAAAAAUCUUUCCAGCACAGAAGAUCUCUCAUCACCUUGGAAUCUAGAAAAAGUGUUCUAUAAUUGAACCUUAAAAGCAAGGGACAACCACACAUAGUAUCUAUCUUAUCAUCUUCAAUCAGAAAGCAUGCUUCUAAGAAGCUCAUCUACCCCAGUUCUUGGUUCUCUCCUACCUUCCUUCACAGAAAGUCCUAGUAAUGUUCUUCACUCUGAAUCAUGUCACACACAGAAGCAUCUUCCACCAACUAGUGUCCCUCAACAUCAACACAGGCGUUCUUUCAGUCAAAUUGGAUCCUUUGGUCUUUCUCCAUUCUCAUGCAAUUCUUCUCCAAUAUCUCCCUCCAUUGCUGACCUUGACAGACAGAACAAAGGGUUCAGAAGAGUUCAGUCUGAAGGGAACUUAGAAGAUUUGGUCUACAAUUCUUGCAGUGAAGACAGGUUCAGUUACAUAGACACUCCUAAGAGGUUUUCAGGGAGACAAAGGUGUUUGACACUGGAAACAAUUCCAUCUUUCACUCUUUCUAAGCACAGAGGAUAUCUGGAAGAAGAUGAAGUUGAAAGUGACACUGAAGAUGAGGCAGAGUAUGAGGAAAAGGAAGGUGAUGGUUUGAAUUUCAGUGUGGUGAAUAAUGGCAGUGGUGUUAUGUUGACCGAAGAUUUGUUGGGAGUGAAGGAUGGAUUUUGCAGGGUGGGUUUUGGUGGCCAGGAAGAGGGUGUUGGUGGGGGAGAAAUGUAUCUUGCAAAGGGGCUUGGUGUUGGUAGCUUUGGUGAUGGCAUGGGUGGAUGCAGAGGUGGUGGUGGUGGUGGAGGUGGUGAUCAUAGUUCCAUGGGUUCUGGUGGGAAUGAUGGAGAUAUGCAUGGGGUGGAAGAAUAUUAUAAGAAAAUGGUAGAGGAAAGUCCAGGGGAUCCAUUGUUUCUCAGGAAUUAUGCUCAGUUUUUGUAUCAGUGCAAACAUGACCUUAAAGGAGCAGAGGAGUACUAUUCGCGAGCCAUACUAGCAGACCCAAAAGAUGGAGAAGUUCUAUCACAGUAUGGGAAGCUAGUUUGGGAGCUACAUCAUGAUGAAGAACGAGCCUCAAGCUAUUUUGAAAGGGCAGCACAAGCCUCUCCUGAAGACAGCCAUGUACAUGCUGCAUAUGCAAGUUUCCUUUGGGACACAGAGGAAGGAGAAGAUGGGUGCAAUGAGUCUCAAUGUUUACCAUCACAUUAUCAUCUUGGAGCUAUAGCUAAUUAGCUACUACAUGCUUAAGAGAGAUGAAGAAUGGGUGAAGAUAUAACAAUUGCAGAACUGAUGUCUUACAAUGUAUGGCUGCGAUUCUUAUAUUGAAGGUUCUGUUGAGAAGUACACAUGUUCUGGUUACUAAAAUCACAAACUCAUGUAUAGCUUUGAGUUUCCCUCAACUGAAUCACAAAAUCAUGUGUUGCUUUGAGUUUCUCUGGUACAGUGGGUCUUAUGGGUGCAAAUUUGCUGACAUGCUACUAGUUUUGUAUGCAAACCAUUCAAUGAUCAACAUAUUGAUUAAUAAAAUGUCAUAUUUGAGACUUGUA